AACACGCUGCUUACAUCAAAGGCGCAACUCGCGCAACUUCGAUAUCGGCACGCUUUAUCCGUAUACUCGUCAUUUUUUUUUCUCGUCUCUUCGCGACAAAUAAAAUCGAUCUGUACAUUUACAACUCACACGCGUCUCGAUUAAAAUUCACAAGUCGCAUGCGCGCGAUAAUACAGCGUAUACGUAUAUACGAGCAUGUAUAUCGAGCGUUACGAGAAUACACGUGACGCGUCACAUGGCCGGUCGAAGUCGCUCUCGCGCAAAACUUUUUUGCGUCGAGCGCCGCAAUAUUCGCGGUAUCUGCAAUUGACGCACACGCGCGCGUUGAAGCUGCUCGGCUGCCAAUUAUCCGACUGCGAAACAACAGCUCUCCCAUGAAGGAUGGCGAACCUUGACGAAGUGAAAAUGGUCUGGAGGCUCGCCGAUGCUGUUUGCUUCGACGUGGACUCGACCGUCAUACAGGAGGAAGGCAUUGACGAGCUUGCCAAAUUCUGCGGCAAGGGAGAUCAAGUUGCCAGUCUAACGAGACAGGCGAUGCAAGGAAAUAUGACAUUUCAACAGUCAUUGGCUGUAAGGCUAAAUAUAAUCAAACCAAGCCUUGCACAGAUCAAAGAAUUCCUGCGCACACACCCACCAAAGUUAACGCCCGGCAUUAAAUCGUUGAUACAAACAUUACAAGAUCAGAAGAAACAAGUGUUUCUUGUAUCUGGUGGUUUCCACUGCCUCAUUUCACCUGUGGCUGCACAGCUGAAUAUACCACAAGAGAACAUUAGGGCUAACAGACUUAAAUUCUUUUUCAAUGGAGAAUACGCUGGCUUCGAUGAAAACGAGCCAACAUCUCAGACUGGCGGUAAAGCUGAAGUGAUUCGGCGAUUGAAGGAACAAAAAGGCCUUAAAACCGUCGUACAUAUCGGCGACGGCGCAACAGAUCUGGAAGCUUGCCCUCCGGCGAAUGCUUUUAUCGGAUACGGAGGCAACAUUAUCCGAGAGAGCGUGAAAGCACACGCGCCGUGGUUUAUCACGGACUUCAAAGAUCUCGAAACGGCCUUAUGAGGAAAGAGCGAUUAUAUAGUGCAUGCAAAAAGAGAAAAGAAGAAAUGUGUAAAUUUUGUUUAAGGGUAUGAGUGCGUGUUUUAUCAAAUCCAGAGAGAAAAAUAUUCAUAGAUAUUUUUUUAUAUGGAAUAUGAAACUAUUUUUACACGGUUUUUUGUGUACAGAAGUGUAAAUAUUACUGACAGUAUUUUUGAAAUAUAGUGAACAAUUUUUAUUGCAUAGGAUGCGCGCUCAAGUAAAAGCAUCCGUACGUUACUGUAGCAAUGUCGGUGAAGUUCGAAGUUUUAACGAUAGUUAUAUCAAAAAUACCGUACGCAAUAAACUAAUUAAUUUCAUUCUUUUUUACAAAAGUUACAUAAAAUAUACACUUAUGAUAUUUGCAUUAUUUUAUUUAACAAAAAAACAAAACCGUUCACUUAACAAAGUAACCUCUUAUUUAUUUUAUAUUCACGCGACUGCACUGAUGCAAUGUACAAGUUGUAAUGUCGAUCGUUACAUCUCUUUUUUACAAGUGACAUGCACAUUUGAAAGAUUUUUAUGU